GAUUGGGAGGCCCCUUCCAUUGCCUUUCAUAGGGUUCAUGCUGGCAGGGAUUUACUGGAGUAGCUGCGCACGUCGAUCGAUCCUCUGUGCAAACCCUAUUUCAGCGAUAUAUAAGAAAGGCAGCUGAGGAUAAUUCUCCAUGAAUGUACGUCACAAUGAUGAUGACCGACCAAAUGCCACUGGAUCUGCCACCCAUGCUGAAUGGGGAGGUAGCGAUGAUGCCGCAUCUACUAAAUGGAGAUGGAUCACAGCAGGUCAUUCUAGUUCAGGUUAACCCAGGAGAAACCUUCACAAUAAGGGCAGAAGAUGGGACUCUGCAGUGCAUUCCAGGUCCUGCUGAAGUUCCUAUGAUGUCUCCAAAUGGAUCUAUCCCACCAAUACAUGUUCCUCCUGGUUACAUCUCACAGGUAAUAGAAGAUUCUGCAGGCGUUCGGCGAGUUGUGGUUACACCUCAAUCCCCAGACUGUUAUCCUCCCAGUUAUCCUUCAGCCAUCUCUCCAACUCAUCAUUUACCUCCUUACCUUGCACAUCAUCCACAUUUUCUCCACAAUUCACACAACCCAUUUUAUCCUCCGGUUACUGGUCCUGGGGACAUACCACCUCAGUUCUUUCCCCAUCAUCUUCCACCAAUUUAUGGAGAACAAGAAAUAAUACCACUGUAUGGAAUGUCCAGCUACAUUACAAGGGAAGACCAGUACUGCAAGCCUCCACACAAAAAGUUAAAAGACCGACAAAUUGAUAGACAAAACCGACUUAAUAGUCCCCCAGCCACUCUCUACAAAAACCACAUUGGAAACUGCACGACUGUUUACAAUGGCAAUAGCAAAGCUCACAAUGGAGGAGGAUGUGGUGGGGUCGGUGGGAUAACAGGGAUAAAGAAGCCAGAACGAAGAGCUAGAAGCAGUCCCAAGUCAAAUGAGCAAGACAUACAAGAGUAUGAAUCGGAUGUAAAGAAGUCUCAUGAAGUCCUUACUGGGAUAGAGAAACUGAUGGUUUCCAAUAUUGAAUCCAGGACAGCUCUAGUGACAUGGUCUCCACCCAGCGGCUAUUCAAGUGGAGAUAAGCACAAUAAUGGGCUGCCUUAUGCUUGCAAUUAUGAGGUGGCCUUAUCAGACAAAGGGAGAGAUGGGAAAUACAAGAUUAUUUACAGUGGAGAAGAAUUAGAAUGUCAUUUGAAAGACCUUAGGCCAGCAACAGAUUAUCAUGUCAGAGUAUAUACAGUGAAUAAAUCGGUAAAGGAAUCCUGCUCUGAGCCCAUCAGUUUCACCACCCACAGCUGUGCACCAGAAUGUCCUUUCCCACCUAAGCUUUCCCACAGAACGAAAAGCUCUUUGUCAUUACAUUGGAAGGCACCAGCUGAUAAUGGUUCCAAAAUCACCAGCUACAUAUUGCAAUGGGAUGAGGGAAAAAGGAAUAGUGUGUUUAGGGAAUGUCAUUCUGGAAACCAAAGGCACUGCAAAGUGGCAAAGCUUUGCCCAGCAAUGGGAUAUACAUUCAGAGUAGCAGCACGCAAUGAUAUUGGCAAAAGUGAAUACAGCCAAGAAGUUGUUUACUAUACAUCAGGCAAUAUCCCACAGACACCUUCUGCACCAAAGCUUAUACGAGCUGGAAUUACAUGGAUUACAUUACAGUGGUUGAGGCCAGAUGGAUGUUUCCCAGAGGAGUUGGUUUCUUAUACCCUGGAGAUUCAGGAAGACAAUGACAGUGUAUUCCAAACUGCCUACACUGGAGAAGCAUUAACUUGUACUGUGAAUAAUCUCCAAAGAAGCACACAAUAUAAAUUUAGGCUUAUAGCUUCUAACAUUGAAGGAAGUAGCAGUCCGAGUGAAAUUUUGGUCUGCACAACGAGUCCUGAUAGACCGGGACCACCAUCCCGUCCAACAGUGAAGGGUGAUAUCGCAGUACAUGGAUUCACAGUUCAGUGGGAUCCUCCAGAAGACAGUGGUGGUUCAGAAAUUCUGCAGUAUUUGUUGGAACUGUGUGAAGGUGCUUCCGAAGCGACCCAGUGGAUAGUGGCGUAUAGUGGAUCAGCGACAGUUUAUACCUGUAAUGACUUGAAAUCUGGCACUUUAUAUAAACUUCGUGUAUGUUCCAUCAGCACAGGAGGGCACAGUCAGUGUUCAGAGAGUCAACCUAUUCGGACUUUAAGUGUAGCACCAGGACUUUGCCAGCCACCAAGGGUCGUGGGCAAACCCAAGCACAAAGAAAUUCAGUUACAGUGGGAUGCCCCUGUAACACAGCCUGACUGCCAGGUGCUGGAGUACAGCCUAGAGAUCUCUGACCCUGGAGAAGAAGGCACUGAAGUGUAUCAUGGAAGCGAUUUGGAGUGUACAAUUAGCAGUCUUCUUCCUGGAACUACUUAUCAUUUCAGAAUACGAGCAAGGAAUGAUGGAGGAUAUGGCCCUUACUCAGAUGCUACAGAACUCACAACAGCAGCUGGACCACCCGCACAGUGCAAACCGCCAGUUUUAACUUUCCUGUCUGGCACAUGUAUACUUAUAAGCUGGGAGAGUCCAGAGAGUAAUGGGGCCGAUAUCUCGGAGUAUCGAUUACAGUGGGCAAAGGAAGAGGAAGAUCUAGAGUUAGUUUACAGUGGCACGGAUCCUUGCUUUGAAAUAUCUGGUUUGUCCCCAGCAAUGGAUUACUGCUGCAGACUCCAGGCAGUAAAUUUAUCUGGUGUUGGGCCUUUAAGUGAUUUAGUGAGCUGCAGAACUCCAGCUUCUAUCCCUGAUGCAGUCUCUAGCCUUUAUGUGAUGGACGAUUCCCGUUUAGAAACAUGCAGCAUGUUAUCUUUGGUGCGACUCAUGUUAGGCUGGGAAGAGCCAUGCAGCAACGGAUCUGAAAUUAUUUCAUACAACAUUGAUUUGGGAGACAUUAUCAUCUCAGUCGGAAGUGUAACGACUUACAUCAUUGAGAAUCUGCAGCCAGAAGCAACCUAUCAGAUCAGAAUCCAGGCAGUGAAUGAUAUUGGAGCUGGGCCAUUCAGCCAUACAAUAAAUGUAAAAACGAACCCUCUUCCUCCAUUGCCUCCUCGGUUAGAGUGUGCUGCUGCUGGACCCCAGAGCCUCAAACUAAAAUGGGGGGAUAGUAGUGCUAAGUCACAGGCUACUGAUGAUGUUAUUUACAUUCUUCAAAUAGAGGACAAAAGCAAAAGGUUUCUUCCCAUUUACAGAGGACCAAGUCACACAUAUAAGGUACAGCGGCUGGCAGAGUUUACCUGUUACAGUUUCAGAAUACAAGCGGUAAAUGACGCAGGGGAGGGACCAUUUUCUGAUAUCUGCACUUUCAGCACAACAAAGUCAGUGCCUCCAACAAUUAAAGCACCACGAAUUACACAAUUAGAAGGAAAUGUGUGUGAAGUCACAUGGGAGUCGGUAUUACCAAUGAAAGGGGAUCCGAUCGCUUAUAUGUUACAAAUACAGGUUGGACGAGAGGCCGAAUAUAAACAGGUAUAUAAAGGAGAAGACACAUUGUUCCAAAUCUCAGGUCUUCAAACAAAUAUGGAUUACAGAUUCCGAGUAUGUGUAUGUCGUCGCUGCUUGGAUACCUCACAGGAGCUCUCUGGAUCUUUUAGUCCAUCUGUGUCUUUUGUAAUGAGACGAAAUGAACUUAUGCUCCCAGGAGAUGUAUCCCAUUUGGACAGCUCUAAAUUCAAGAGCAUGAUGCCUACUGACGAACAGUUUGCCAUUCUCAUCGUUUUAGGCUUUGCAACCUUGUCUGUUCUGUUUGCCUUUAUACUUCAGUACUUCUUCAUGAAAUAAAUGUCCAACACACAUUUGAGGUACAAAGUUAACUAAUGCUACGCAUUAUAAUCCAGACAUUUAACCAGUUAUUCGUUUUUUUUAAAAAAUACAAACUUUUUGAUUUUGACUUUUUUCAUUUUUAAUUCAUUCAUUUACUUUUCAGCUAGAUACACUCAAAGUGUUUUGAUGCACCUUUUUGAAAUACCAAUCCAGGCAAUGGUUACAAAACUGCAAAGGGUCUGUGUCAAAGCAACAGAAAGCAGUAUGUUACAGGCCUUUGUGCAUAAUGGGUUAACUGGAUGUCUAAAUUAACAACAUACUGUGGAAAAUGUAUUGUUCCGAAGAAUUUCCAUAUAUUUCAGAAAUGACCAUUCCUAAACUUACCAAGUUUGUAAUAAUCAAUGCGUUCCAUUGUUUGUUUUUUAACUUAAUGUGUAUAAUAAUUGAUAUAAUACAUGUGCUAUAUGCACUGUCUUUCAAUAAAGGGAUGAGCAAAUUGCCUUUAAUACACAGGAUGAUUUGUACAUUUGAAAUCAAGGAAACUUCCUGUUUUGAUGGAAGCCAUAGUAAACAAGCACAAAUCAUCAGAAGUUAAUUACAUUUCAUAGCUAAUUAGUAGUGAUGAGCAAAAAUUCGGCGCGUGGCAAAAAAACUUGCAGUUGCAUCAACUUGGGUGUGGUUGCGCCAGAUUGGGUGUGGUCACAAAACAAUAGGAGUGGUCCCAGCAAAAUGGGUGUGGCUGUGGCAAAAUAGUCACGCCCUCCCCCCCAAAAAAACCGUAGGCAACAAAAAAGUUGUGCAACAAACGCUUUUCACAGAUUUUUUGCCAUUUUACAAAUUUUUGACAGAUUCGCUCAUGACUACCAUUUAGUCGAUUGAAAAUAAAUCACAAUUCAUACAAACCGAUUUGCUCAUCUCAGUUUCAGUUAUAUAUACUUUGCAGUGUAAGAUAUUUAGUGGAUCUUAUUUACGAAUACUGGCCAAUUUAUCACCAGUUCAGUAACCCAUAGCAAUUCGACAUUGACUUUUAUUUUAUAAUUUAUUUUUAUGGGUUCGGUGCAAAAUUUGGCCAGUAUUCAUAAAUUAGUGCCAGUAUCUCUAAAUCCUUAUGUUUUUACACCAAUCAACAUUUUUUUAUUCUUAAAACAAAGUUUAACGCAAAAGGGCAGUGUGCAAUAGUUAGAAACCCAAGAAAUUAAGCUCUUACAAGCUGCAGUAAUAGCUCCCAGCUCAGUCUGACCAAAAGGUUCUAUACACAGUCAUAGAAAACCUAAACUCUUUAAAUGUGAAAACCUUACAUCAAAUAGUAUCUCAAGAAAUUCAAAUGUAGAAAGUUAAAAACUAUGAAAUGAUCAUUUUUAUAUUUGUGUAGGUGAAAUACUCUGUUAGUGAUAAUAGCACUAAAAUACUGCUGAAGAGAAUUUCUUUUAGUUUAAACUGGUAUGCUUAGCACCUUUUCUAUUUCCUCUACAGCAGUAAAGGAGGUUGGAAGUGCCGGCUGCCAUUUAUGCUUGCCAUUAUUUAUAUGACAUGAUUUACUGUAAAUUUGAAGUAAUUAUAUUGUAUAACACUAAAUAUUAUUUAGAAGAAAGUUCAUACCUUCGCAACUGAAAAGGGUCUAAAUACAAUUCCGAGCAGAGAAGGGAGUUUGAGAAAUGGCAUACAUCAGAGGAAAAAUAAAAAGAAACCCAUUGGUGGGAUGUGUAAGACUGGUAGCUGAGGGUUAAAUUAACAUUAUAAGCUAUUUUUUAAUAUACAGUACCGUGACUUUAAAUAGUCAAUGACAUUGUGAUGAAUACACCUUUCUGCUUUGCAAACUUUUGCAAAUCCUGGAAAAACUUUAUUCUUUAAUACGGCACCAACUGAUGGAUAGUCCUUUGUCUGAUCUGUCAUUUUAUUCCAAGACAUGAAACUCUUUCCAGUUAAAGCAAAGAAGUACAGUACCUCAGGGAAAUCUAUCAGCUGAAGGUGCAAGUCGUUUCCAAAAGGGUGCAACAGACACAGAGCAUAUACCCUGCUUCUAUAUAACUGUAUACCUUUUGUCUAUUUUUGCUGCUUUAUUGUGCCUUGUGAUAGAAUUUAAUGGUUGCUAUUCUUUCAAAUAUAGUGUCAUAUCCCUACAGUGUAUCAGCUUGCAAAGUCCAUAACCAAAGUAAUGGGAAAACAAUGGUAAUUUGUUUUAGAUUUAUUUUUUACAAUAUAUUAAAUACAGUACUUUCAAUUCCAACUACAGUGCAAUCUUUUAUUUAUUGUAAAAAAAAGUACUAAUUUUUGUAGCACAUUAUAUAUAUAUAUAUAUAUUUUCAGUUUUGUAAGUUAGGCCAAUUUUUACUUUUUAUCAUUCUAAGUGUUAUCUAUCACAUGUUUUAUUUUCAUUCUUAUUGAGAAAAUUAAGCGCAUGUUAAACCAAAAAAAAAAGUCAAUGAUUUUAAAACGUUUACAUGUAACCAAAUGCUCUAAUCAUCUCUUCAGAAAAAAAGUGUUAUUAUCCACUAAUCAUGCUGUGUGGCUGUAAUGAUGUAGCAACUAUAAAACUGGUUCUGUAAAAUAUAUGUAGCGCCAAAUAUAUUAACAUACUGUAGUUUUGCAAACUAAUGUUUUUUUGCCAGCGUCGGGCAUACCAAGUUUUUGGUUAUUUUUUAUUUAAUUGUAUUUUUUUUAUACAUUAUCCUACUCUCUGUUUUGCAAACAAAAGAUCUUUUUGUAUUUUAUUUUUUAAAAAAUUAAGUCAUAAUUGUCCCAUUAGUUACAAUUCUUUUUUUAAUUUUACAUAUAUUACUUAAGCACUGCUGCUACCUUAAAAAAAAAGACAAAAACAAAAGAAAAAAAAAUCAGACUAGAAGAAAACAGUUGAGAUGGAAUGUUUCCAAAUAUUUUCUAAUGCUUUAGUUCAAAGCAGCAUUAUUAGCUUUGUUAUUUUCAGUCUAAAAAGGGGCUUCUACCCUCUCACCUAGGGUUGCCACCUCUGCCGGCAUUCUUAGCCUGGCAGGGGGUGGGGCUGAUGUCACGGGGGACGGGGAGGAGGUGGGGCUGUGAAGUUGCAGGACGGGAAGGAGGCGGGGCUAUGAUGCAGCGAUUGGCCGAUUGCUACGUCAAUGUUACUAAGUCCUAAUUCCUAAUUUGGGAAACCGGGUAGGAGGUUUUGACCCGGGCAGUUCUUCUGAAAACCGGGCAGGUGGCAACCCUACUCUCACCUGAUUUAUUUUAUGAACAGAAUGCCAAAGUUUAUUAAAAGGCAACCUCAAAUUCCUUUGCCAUAUCCAUAGGUUCAGUGCAAUAUUCUAAUUGUGGUACAUUUUUAAGAGCAAAAAUAAUAAGGAGCAGUAUCAUCCAUUAGAAAUACUGGGGCUUGCUUUCAGUUGGUACAUCAAAAUUAUUUUCAGAAUAUUUUAUUUUUGUAUAUAAUAAUGCUGCGUUGAAUAGUAAACAAUCGCUGUUCUCUUGCCAUAAGUUGUUUUACUUAUUUGUUCCAACUUUAAUAAUAAGCCACUAUAUAGAAUUGUUAUUAUAUAUGCAAUGAGCAAUAUAGUUAUUGGCCAGUUCACGAAGAUGUGUUUGUUUUUCUUUUUAAUAACAAAUGUUAUUUUUAUAAACCAUCUUCCCUGUGUCCAUUGAAGUUAUGAGACUGACAAAUACAUAAUAUAUUUUUAUAUUUUCAUGUUUCCCCACUAUUUGUGUUGACAUUGGACACCAAUAGUCAACACCAGGAAAGUCCAUGACAAGGGGUGACCCAACGUGUUUCGAAUUUAGUAGCCAUGUGUUCCUUAUAAUAUUGCCCUUUUUCCCCAUACAGAUUUUGGCAAAAAUAAGUAAAAGGAAUUAGUAUUCAGUUUUACCAACUCAGAAUUAAAUGAAAUUUUCCUUGUACAAUUUAUAAAUUGUAAAAAAGAAAAUAAAAAAAAUACCUCACUGUUGGGCGUACAUUCCAAGCAUUUCAUAAGACAUUCACACUUUCUUCUUUUGUAAAUUAAAGACUACUUUGUAUGCAUUGUAUUAAAGCCGCCAUAUCAAAUUUAAUGUAUAGAUUUUCCAGAAAUAUGCUUCAGUAUGUAAGAUGUAACUGUACCUCUAGUGUAUAUGUAAUAUAUUUAAGCCCAAUAAAUGUUUUACUUCUUAUUUA